UGCCCGAUCUGGUGCGGCGGCACAAGAGCCGGCAUGAAGAUGCUACUAGCGAGGCAAGUAUAGUGAUUUCCAGCCAAUGAAGAUUAACCGGUCCGGGAAACAGGACGGGCGUAUAGUGCGCGGAAAUUGUAGACUACUAUCCCAUCUAUGUGAGGGUCGAGUGAUGCGGUGUCAACGCGAUGAGGUGGUGGGCGGGGAGGGCGAAUGUGACCAGAUGGGAAGGGGCAAUAUUGUACGUGGUCGGAAAGGGUGGUGUAGGUUGGCCCCUUGUAGAAGGGUGAGUAUAUAAAAGGGAGCACUCGACUUGCUCGUAUACAGUCCGCAUCGUCAACAUUCUAGACUUGGAUCAACGCCAGAAUGCUGUUUUCAAGCGUCUUCACGACUAUUGCGCUUCUCGCGGCUCAGGCUGCUGCUCACGGUGCCGUCACGAGCUAUGUAAUCGAUGGCGUUACUUACCCAGGUUACGAAGGCUUCGCGCCCGCUACGUCCCCGAAGACCAUCCAGCGUCAAUGGCCAGACUACAACCCCACCAUGACCGUGACUGACAAGAAGGUCAUGUGUAACGGCGGGACUUCAGCCGACCUGUCCGCCAAGGUAGCCGCUGGAGGAAAGAUCAAGGCAGUGUAUAAGCAGUGGACACAUGAGCAGGGUCCCGUCAUGGUCUGGAUGUACAAGUGCUCCGGCGACUUCAAGAGCUGCGAUGGAAGCGGCAAGAAAUGGUUCAAAAUCGACCAAGAAGGCAUGACGGCACCACCCCUCAGCGGCCGCGCAUGGGGCACCGCAAAAGUCCUCAAGAACCUCUUCUGGGAGUCCACCGUGCCCAAGUCGCUUGCACCAGGCAACUACCUCGUUCGCCAUGAACUGCUUGCACUGCACCAGGCCAACACGCCGCAGUUCUACGCCGAGUGUGCGCAGAUCGAAGUCACGGGCUCGGGGAGCGCGCAGCCAGGCGGCGAGUAUCUGGCGAAUAUUCCAGGGUAUGCGCCGCAGAAUGAUCCGGGGAUUACGGUGGAUACGUAUUCUAGUGCUGUUACGACGUAUACGCCCCCUGGGCCGAAGGUGUGGACUGGCUAGAUGUGUUGGAAGGGAAGAGAAGUGAGGAAUCUGCACGGUGGCUUUUAGUUGGGCCCGGGUAUAUAUGCAAUCGAUUGCCUACAGUUUGAAGUAAUCUUAUAAGUGCCCCAGGGCUACAAUAUACUGUACCAUCUGUAAUUCUUGAUGUGCUGGCGCAGUAGAAUGCGCGCCAGGAGAAGUGCUUCAGUUGGUACUGCUAUGAAGUAUUUGGGAGAGAGGUUCACAUAAGCAGGCUGCGAGACGAGCUCCCUUUUCGUUAGCUUCUCUCCUAGUCAGUCAGUGGGUAGCAAGAGAAU